UUUGGGAUGAAGGAGUAACUCGAGGAAAUAAAAGGUGGUUUAUUUUCAAGGCGCAGCGGCCAGGUAAACAAGUGGGAUAUAAGAACUCUCGGAGGCACGCGAGGUGACGGAACUGUCCGAAGGCAUCGGAAUCUAAGGGCGAUCAGUGAAUGAUUGAGUACUUGAUUUUAGAGGAGGAAUUGGAAGAUUUUGUUUAGUGAUGUAGACUUUUGAAGUGUAUUUAAAUUCCGAAUCCAAGCAGAUGACAAACCUUCAAAAAAGAAGUCGGAUAUGAAUCAAAGAAAGCAUUGAGUCCUCACGAUGCCUCCGAAUCCCACAGACCAAAAAUGGAGUUGGGUGAUCGCCUUUGCAUGCUGCUUCAUCAACUGCCUGCUUUACGGCGUGAUCAGGUUGUCUGGUCUCUUGAUGGUUGCCACGGUAGAGACGUUUCAGGUAUCGAGAGCAAAGGCAGCCAUGCCUUUCAGUGUCAGCACUUCGGUCAGAAACCUUUCAGGAAUAUUUGUUGGCUAUUUUGGACAAAAAUUUGGUCUGCGUCCAGUGAUUGGUGCAGGUUGUUUACUAGCGUCAUUUGGAGCCGGCUUAUGCUUCUUUGCCUCAGACAUCUUUUGGAUUACCAUUUCUUGGGGUGUAAUUUUCGGAAUGGGCUGCGGACUUGGUACCUGCCUCCUACCUCUUGCUAUAAAUCAGCAUUUUGAUAAACACAGAGGAAAAGCUUCGGGAAUUUCUUAUUCUGGAAGCUAUAUAGGAUCAUUUUUAUUUCCUCCAAUAGUAGUAAUGCUGCUCGAGCACUAUGGACUCAAUGGAGCAUUCCUAGUUAUUUCGAGUACCCUUCUAAAUGGUCUUGCUGCGAGUCUACUGUUUCAAUCUAAAUCAGUUAAUAAAUUAGACAAAAAAGAGUUGAAACAGCAACAAUUGGAAUCUAAGCCGACUUCAACAGAACUUGAAAACUGUACAAAAAAUAUUUGGCAGAAAAUCCUACAUCAUGUUAAAUGGACAGAUUCUUUCCUGAAAACCAAAGAGCUUCCUAAAACUCAGGAGAUUCCGUCUAUUUAUUUGAUUGCUGCAGAGACCUUUAAAGACUCGGACGAAAAACAGUAUGCCUACUCUUCGUAUUUUGACGCUGAAUUCUUCGCUAAAUACAUAGACGCAGCUGAAAACGAAGUCUCGGCUUGCAAAGAAUUAAAUUCUAAAAGCAACAGGAGCUUCGUAUCAAGACGAUAUGCUGAAAACCUACACUUCCAUUCCAAAAAUGUCCUUUUCAAAGGAAAAUUAAAGACAGAGUAUAAAUUAUCUAUAGCCAAGCUAAGGCAAACAUUGUUGGUAAAUUUCUUCAGAAGACGCUACAGCUUCAAUUCGAAUUUGCAGAGAAUACCAGAUGAUGAUGUUAAGUUAUUAUACUUCAAAAACUUCAACUGUAUUCUUUGUUCAACUCUGUUGGACAAGAUAAUACAUGCGAAACCACAUGUGCAUAAUUUUAACAAUAAUGAUUUCCUCCUCAAAGAGAAUUUAAUUGAAGAGAUUUAUAAAAAAGAUGUGGAAAAUUUAGCUGCCUUAAACCAAACUUCACAAGUAAAUUAUUCUCACAGUGUAGCAGAAUCAUUGUCAAAACCUCAAUAUAAAUCCGUAUCUUCAAACAUUCCUGUUUCAAAAACAAAAAAUUUCGAAAAAUCAGAAAUUACUUCAGGCAGCAGAGGUAACUGUAGCUGGAAAAUUUCUCGCCAAAAUCAGCAUCGUGUGUCUCUAGUUCCAGCAGGUGCACCAUCACUUUCAAACUUGUGUGCUUCCGAUCUUAAAUCAAGCAGUAAAUAUGAAAAUCCAUCUGAGGGUGAUAUUCAAUCAUUUAUUAAGUCUUCAUGGUAUGAUAAAUUUGGAAAAUGCUGCUUCGGCUGGUUCCGAUUGCAUGCUCAUCCUAUGUUCGUCGUCAUCGCAACUACUAUGUCUUUUCAUACAUUAGUUACUGUCUGCAUGAUUACCAUCAUUGAAGACUUUGCCAAAGACCUUCAUGUGCCGGACAAUGAAGUGCAUUAUGCUCUCAUGACCCUAUCAACAGCUGAUCUUCUGGGAGCUUUGACUAUGGGCAUUAUAACAGAUCAUGGACUUAUAUCCCGGUGUUAUUUUAUCGUCUUGUGUUUCCUCGGAACGGGGAUUUUUUCUAUUGCCAUAUCAUUUUCCCAGAACCUGACCAUGCUGUUGACCCUGGUGGCGUUUUACGGAAUAUUCGAAACCGGUGUUAUCAUCACAUUCCCCUUACUCAUUGCUCAGUUCAUUGAAGUAAAGAAACAGGCGGUUGCUUUGGCCUCGAGCAAUGCACUCUCAUCUCCAACUGUGCUGCUGGUCCCUUUAAUCAUUGGUUAUUUUAGGGAUAGAGUCGGCUGCUACUCUGGAGUUUUUUACGUUCUCGGAGCCCUUUCGCUCAGUUCCAGUUUAAUUUGGUUGGUUGCUUCCUAUCUGUUCAAUAAACGCAGCAAGCGAAAUAAAUUCGAGUUGUGUUGUUGAAUGUCUGCAACAAAUAACGUUGCAAUUGUCACGAGAUGUAAAUAAAAAUUAUUUGUAUGAAUAA